CGUGGCCAGGUGGUAACAGCUGUUGCUCUACAGUAUGUUGACCUACACUAUACCUUACACAGUGCAGCGGAAGUCUAUUUGCACUGACGCAUCUUUAAUCUUUACACACAACAAAUUAUUCAGUCACGAAUCAGAUGAUGGUAAUGCCACUUUUGACGAAAUUUCUAGUUCCAUGUAGAGCAGCAUGGCGAGUCAGGCUUCACGUGUGUCGACACCUGCAGACGGACGUUGAAUGGAAGCAUGGAGAAUUUGCCAACUCGAACACCAACGUGCUACUUAUAGGCAGUCCUGGGUCAGGCAAGACGACCGUGGCCCGGCUACUGGGCGCUAUGAUGGACCGUCCGGUGGUGGACAUCGACGACGACCACUUGGAGCCCUACUGGAAGAUGACAGUGGCCGACAAGCUGUCUAAAGUUGGAGGCGAUAGGUUUCUGGAGGAAGAAGGAAAAGCAUUGUUGAAGUUCGACGGUAAAGGCAAGAUUGUUUCCCUCACGGGGUCGAACCCCAUGCAUACAGAAGCUAUGAGACAUAUAGCCAAAUCAGGGACAGUAUUUUUCAUUGACUGCCCAAACAAGGAAAUCAUCAACAGGUUAAACAUGAUGAAGGUAAACAGAAUUGUAGGUCAAGGUGACGGGACCAGCAUGGAGGAAAUACUCAAAUACCGACGUCAAUUUUACGAAAAACACUAUGACGUUAGGAUUGUUUGUGACGAAGGAGAGACCCCAGAAAGCGUUGCUAACAAGAUAAAAACCAAGUUUGAUAAUUUUGUCAACGACAAAGGUUACGUGUCGACCAGAGGUUCCGUGAUCAAACCACGAAUUCCGUUUUUCCACACGGUUCUCAAAGGACUCGCUGAAGAUGGCGGCCUAUACACAAUGGCCGGGGAUAUGCCACGGUUUACAAAGGGCCAGUUUGACAGAUUGGUGCAUUGUGGCUACAGGCGGAGGGCGCUGGGUAUCCUUGAACAACUGAUUCAUCCUUAUGAUCUCUCAUCAAAGUCACUACAGAAUUUCGUAAAUGAAGCUUAUCAUCGUGAAUCCUUUGCUUCCGAUGAUAUUUUCCCAGUGCGCCACCUAGCGGGGAAUCAGUACAUUCUGGAACUGUUUCAUGGGCCUACAGGGUCUUUUAAAGAUGGCGCUCUACAGUUAAUGCCGAUGUUCUUCACAGCGGCCAUGGAUAGUGAAAGACGUUUUGGUGACCGUAAUAACUACCUGAUCCUGGUGGCCACAUCCGGGGACACUGGAGGAGCGGUGCUGGACGGAUUCAGCAGACAUGCUGGUGGGUCUGGAGUGGGCGUGGUUGUCCUCUACCCAUCCCGCGGAAUCAGUCAGCUGCAACAGCACCAGAUGGCCACGAUGGACGGGGACAAUCUCAGAGUGAUAGGAGUUGACAGUGACUUUGACUUCUGCCAGACAACGGUUAAGCGUAUCUUCCAAGAUGAGGAUUUCGCAGAUGCACUACAACGUCAGUAUUCCUGCAAACUGAGUGCCGCCAACAGUUUAAAUUGGGGUCGCCUCCUUCCUCAAAUCGUAUAUCACGUCUCAGGUUACCUUGACCUUGUCAAAAUGAGGGUUAUCUCCCUUGGUGAUGAAAUCGAUGUCUGUAUCCCAACUGGGAACUUCGGAAAUAUUCUUGCAGCUUAUUAUGCCAAGGAAAUGGGAGUUCCAGUCCGACGUCUCAUCUGUGCCUCCAAUAGCAACAACGUCCUCACGGACUUCCUCAACACAGGCAACUACGAUCUGACCUCGCGUACACUUCUCCGCACAGCCUCCCCUGCUAUCGAUAUUCUGAAGUCAUCUAACCUUGAGCGCCUCCUCUACCACCUGCAUGACAAUAACGGCGCUGCUGUGAGCCAGCUGUAUUCAGACCUGGACAAGCAGAGGAAGUUUUCAGUGUCAGAGGAGAUCCUAAGACGUAUUCAGGGUUCGUUCGUCGCAGGUUCGUGUGAUGAACAGGCUUGUCAACAAACAGUGCUAAAGACCUACAAAGACACGGGCUAUCUCCUCGACCCGCACACUGCUGUGGCCAAGUCGGUGGCAGACAGGUUCGGAGGCACAUCUUGUCCCGUGCUCAUUUCGGGAACCGCCCACUAUGCUAAGUUCGCGGACAGAGUUCUUCCUUUCAUAGGACAGAUGACUUCAUCAGACGAUCUCUCCGUGUCAGAACUUAUUGGGAACUCACUUGAUUUGAAAGCGAGGCCUGCAAUGCAUCGAGACUUGGAGAACAUGACAAGAAAACCUGUUGUCCACAAAGAGACGUGUUCAGCUGAUUAUGAGAAUGUGAAAAGACACGUGAGGAAUUUUGUUGAGAAAUUGAACAGCUAGACAGUUAUUUAGACGUUGCUUAUCCAGGAUGUGUUGUACAAUGUUACAGUCUACUUGUCUGACCAUCCGGUCCAUUUUGUUGUCCUCUUGACCAGCAUAGAUUGCUGGUGAUCUGUUCCAAACAGGAGUCCUCACGGGAA